AUGGCAAUGGGUCUCAUGGAGCGGGGAUGGCAAUGGGACGGGUUGGGUACAGGUUUCAUGAUACCCGUCCCCAUCCUCGCGAUUCAAAUUCAUUCUCGUACCCGUACCCACCAGGUGAGAGAUGCUCCUUACACAAAACUUUGCAGCACAAAGAAUAUCUUGACUGUAAACGGGCAAUUUCCUGGUCCAACAUUGUAUGUUAACAAAGGAGAAACCAUCAUUGUUGAUGUGUAUAACCGAGCUAACUACGACAUCACCAUCCACUGGCAUGGGGUGAACCAACCAAGAUAUCCAUGGUCUGAUGGCCCUGAAUAUAUCACACAAUGUCCUAUUCGACCAGGUGGAAAGUUCAGUCAAAAGGUGAUAUUUUCUGAAGAGGAAGGCACAUUGUGGUGGCAUGCUCACAGUGACUGGUCUCGAGCCACCGUUCACGGGGCUAUUGUCGUCAGACCCAAGCCUGGAACUACUUAUCCAUUUCCAAGACCACACAAAGAAGUCCCAAUUAUAUUAGGUGAAUGGUGGAAGAAAGAUGUCGUUGAGGUUUACAAUGAUCUUCGUAGAACUGGAGGAGAUGCAGCUAUUUCUGAUGCUUAUACAAUUAAUGGCCAACCCGGUGAUCGUCAUCCAUGCUCAAAGAAUGAAACGUUCAAGCUUAGGGUUGAUUAUGGGAAAACGUAUCUGUUGAGAAUGGUGAAUGCGGCAGUUCAAGACAUUCUGUUCUUUGCCAUUGCGAAACAUAAACUGACAGUGGUGGGAACAGAUGGUAGCUACGUAAAGCCAGUGAAAGUAGAUUACAUAACAAUAUCUCCUGGACAAACAAUGGAUGUGUUAUUAGAAGCAAACCAAGCAUUGGACCGUUAUUACAUGGCUGCUAGAGUUUAUUCAAGUGCUGCCAACGUUCCAUUUGAUGAAACCACAGCCACUGCUAUUGUAGAAUACAAGGGAAAGCACAUUCCUUCUUCAGCUACCCCUUUAUUGCCUUUGCUUCCAGGUUUCGAUGACACCAAUGCUUCAGUCAACCUCUUGAGUCAACUAAGAAGCUUGGCUGAUGAUGAACAUCCAAUUGAUGUGCCCUUAGACAUAAGCACCAACCUAUUCUUCACAACCUCGGUUAACACAUUACCAUGUGCAAAUGGUUCAACAUGUGGGGGCCCCAAUGGAAACCGUCUCUCAGCUAGCAUGAACAACAUAAGCUUUGAGUUGCCAUCUAGCAAUAACAUUCUAAGGGCUUACUACAACAACAUUAGUGGUGUUUAUGGUGAAAGUUUCCCAGAUGUGCCACCCUUGCUAUUUGAUUUCACUGCCAACAAUCUCCCUCCUUUUCUAAACACUCCAUCAGUGGCUACGGAGGUGAAUGUGCUUGAAUAUAACUCAACGGUGGAGAUUGUUCUUCAAGGGACUAACUUGUUGGCUGGUACAGAGCAUCCUAUUCAUCUUCAUGGCUACAGCUUCUAUGUUGUGGGAUGGGGAUUUGGCAACUUUAAUAAGGACAAAGAUCCUCUCUCCUAUAAUCUUGUUGACCCUCCUUAUCAGAAUACUGUCGCUAUCCCUAAGAAUGGUUGGACAGCCAUAAGAUUCAGGGCCAAAAAUCCAGGUGUAUGGUUCAUGCACUGCCACCUUGAGCGUCACGUCACUUGGGGCAUGGCCAUGACUUUCAUUGUCAAAAAUGGAAAAAACCCUCAAGACCAGAUGUUGCCGCCACCUCCACACAUGCCAACAUGUUAA